AUGGGGCUUUUUGCGUUGUCUUAUUUAUGUAUAUGCCUGUUCAAGCUUUGCAAAGUUCGCUCCUUACAGUUUGGGCAGAAAGGUAUCCCAUACAUCAACACUUAUGAUGGGCGGACUAUUCGCUACCCUGAUCCCCUUAUCAAGGCCAACGGCACAAUCAAACUUGACCUGGAGACAAACAUGAUCACUGAUUUUAUCAAGUUUGAUGUUGGGAAUGUUGUUAUGGUGACUGGAGGAAGGAAUAGGGGCCGUGUUGGUGUGAUCAAGAACAGGGAGAAGCAUAAGGGAAACUUUGACACCAUUCAUGUUCAGGAUGCCACUGGUCAUGAGUUUGCUACUCGUAUGGGCAACGUGUUCACCAUUGGAAAAGGUACAAAGCCAUGGGUGUCUCUUCCCAAGGGCAAGGGUAUCAAAUUGUCUAUCAUUGAGGAGGCUAGGAAGAGGCUUGCUGCCCAAGCAGGUGCAGCUGCUUGA